CCCUCGAACAACAUGGGAUCGACAUCGAACGCCGUCAGCGAAGGAUAUGAGGACUACAUGGUGGACCACGUCAAAGAGUGGAUUGCGAACGACCUCGAAAAACAUGAGAAGUGCAGUGUCGAUGACAUGCUAGCGUAUUUUCUCAGGCAAUGUCUUCACGGCCAAACUCCCGCUUCGAAGGAUACGAGCUCAACUUUCUUGCAACCAUACCUCGAAGCGGUGCUUCCAAUCUGCAACAAUGACCAGAUAAUGAACCAGCUGACAGAAUACUGCAAAAUUGGAGGCACCGAACAAGACAGAUAUCGACCUUUUGUCGAGCUUUUCAAUUUAGCGCUCCAGAAACUACGCAGCGUCAAGGUGCCCAACGUUCGUUCCGCGAAUGGCGAUCUUGAGAUACUCUUUCAUAGAAACGAUCCAAAAAUGAUACAGGGAGACCACAAUGGUGAUGUGUCUAAACGUAGCCCCGAUGUGGUUCUGGUCUCCCUCGCUGCAGCUCAGGGCGCAAGUGACUCUAUCGGCACGCAAUGGUGGGAUGCCACUGGGCUCGCUCUUGAACAGCCUUUCAUCGCGUUCGAUUGGCCGCAGAUUCUCUGUGUUUUCGAGUUCAAGCGAGUUGCAAAGACGUUGACGCCGCCGCCGCCCAAACACUCCGGUUUUGGGGCCGUCCGUGAACCUCAGCAAAACGUAUGGAACCUGUUCAAUCCCGUUCCAGAUCCUUCCGGAGCGACCAGUGCGGAAGCUAAUCCAGAUGGCGACGGAUCUGAAGCGACGGGUGCGAAUUCAGGUGGCGGUGGAAAGAGGCCUCGAGCGACAAGUGCGAGCUCGAGUGAACGCGCAAACAAGAAGCCUCGAGGAAGAAGUGCGAACUUGGUUCCACCGAAGAUCCACAACACUCGUGGUAAUAGUGCCUUAGCGAAUCAACCUCCGAGCGCCUCAUCGGCACGCAUCGCGCAAGAUGUCAAAGUCAAAAAGAAACCCGUGGAGCGUCCGAAACCGCCUAUUGUCCAGUGCGGAAUGUAUGGCGCUGAGAUGUUGUCACGGGGGCCAUGCGUCAACCACGCCAUCAAUGUACUUAUCAUCGACGAUGUUAUGUGGAUAUGGUGGUACGACAGACAAGGCGCGAUCCAGACUCAGGGAAUCAACUUUGUUCAAGAUCUUCCGCGCUUUCUGAUUCUGCUCUUCGCGUUUCAGAGGUUCAAGCUCGAGGAUUGGGGGUUCAACACCAUCCUAGACCCCCAGUCCAAGAUCGUCCAUGAUCUCAAGAAAGUUCAUCAAACCAAUCGUUCCCUUCCAAAAUCGCAUUUCGUGUUUCCGCCACCUGAACUGUCUGUCAGCGCACCGGUUGAGGCCACUAUCGAUCCCAAUUCUCAAAUUCACCACGUAUAUAGCCUGGUUGGACGAGGCACAUCCGUUUUCAGCGGUACUGCGUGUACGAAGGCUCCUCCGACCAGAGACUCUCGCGUACCUCAAGGCUCUGGCAAGGGACCUGCGGCUGUCGAUGAUAUAUCAUUUGCAACGCUUGACAAGGAUGAGAAAGUGGUAGUCAAGAUCUAUUGGCCGGAAGAAUCACGCUUGAGCGAAGGCCGCAUUAUCAGCGAGGCGUAUAAACGAGGGGAGGGCAAUCUAGAUAUCGUGGAACAUCUUCCGAAGAUGUACCUCGAGCACGACUUCCCCGAACAUUCGACAAACCAUAUCAGGGACGCGCUUCGACUGACGCGGCCUGAUGGACGGCGGGCUACUCGUAUCCUUCGGCUUGCCGUCUUCCUCAAAUUGGACCCUAUCAUCGCAUUGUGCGGGGAGGAGUUCAUGAAAGCAUAUCUGGAUUGCGUCCGCUGCCACUUUGCUCUUUGGACACUGGGUAUUCAACAUAGCGAUCUCAGCCUGUCAAAUGUGAUGAUCAAUGACCAGAAACGUGGUAUUCUGAACGACUGGGAUCUCGCCACGAUCGAGGGAAUAUCAAAGCACGACGGGUGCGAUCGCACUGGGACAGUGCCCUUCAUGGCUCUGGAUUUGCUGAAGCCGUCCUAUUGGGAGGGCAAGAUCAAGCGCCAGUAUCACCACGACCUCGAAGGCUUCCUGUGGAUUUUGCCAUAUGUAUGCUUGCAGUACAAGGACGGUAAGAUGGUCACGAAUCCGCUCAAGUCGUGGAACACGGGACAUUACGCCAUCUGCAGAGAGAAAAAGAGAGAUUUCUUGGCGAAUCUCCGCACAGACCCGACCGAAAUACCCAAGGCGACCUCUUCGUAUGAAUGGGAAUGGGUCGUAUUUGAUCAAUUUGUACAGUGCAUCGACAAUAACUGGCAAUCACCACUUACCGGCACCAUAGCGGCAGCCACCAAGCAGAAAAAGGCGGAUCUAGCAAUGUCGGUACUUAACCCUGGCGAUAUUUAUGCAGAAUUUUGGGCUAGGAUGAAGAUGGCGGCAGAGGACGACAGCGGACACUUGUUGUAUCUAAAGAAGUAUGUGCCUGACGGCUUUUGAGCAGUAUCCUUCUUACUGCCCUGGGCAUGACGAUUGAAUUGUAGCUUGAUGCUCUCC